AUGGGAUCCUCUCUUAAAAAAAAUAUUGGAUGGGAUUCACUUAAAGAAAAGGUAGAAGCAUUUUGUAUCAAGCAUGGCAUUUCAUUACCCAAUUUUGAUGAUCCAUAUGCUAAUUCUGGGAGAUCACGACGUAAAGUAGCUAUUUGUACUACUUUGCAUCAUUAUCGUGUGGAUGUGUUUUAUAAAAUCAUUUAUUGGCAACUACAAGAAGAUAAUGAUCGUUUCAAUGAGGUGACAAGUGAUUUGCUUAAUGGAGUAUCUUGCUUGAAUCCAAUUGAUUCAUUUUCUAGUUUUGACAUAAAGAAGAUAAUGAGAAUGGGUGAAUUAUAUCCUAAUGAUUUUGAUGGGUCCAACAUGAGAGCUCUUGAGAAUCAACUUGUUAAUUACAUUAUUGAUGUUCGUGAUAUUGAUGAAAGGUUCUCCAAUUUGGGUGGACUUGAAGAACUUUCAAGAAAGUUGGUUGAGACAAAGAAGCAUUUAACCUAUUCUCUCAUAUUUCUUUUAGUGAAGGUUGCUUUGUUUCUACCUGUUGCCACUGCUACAGUUGAAAGAGCUUUUUCGGCAAUGAAGAUUAUCAAGAAUGACUUGCGAAAUUAA